AUUCAUGGCAUGGACAAUAUGUCUUCACAUUAGGCCACUCAUACAGCAGAUAAACUCAUACGAAGGGUUGUUGUUCCUUGUGGCAUCAAGUCAACAAGGUGAAAAGUUUAUUCACCGAUAGGUGUGUCGUCGGCCAGAAAACUUUGAAGAGGAAGAAGGAAAGUGUUAACGGGAAACAUGGGAAAUGUAGGGCGGUAACGCAUCAAAUUGAAUGCCCACCGCCGUUAAACCUCAUAGAAGAAGAAGAUGGGAAAUGUAGUUUAGAUGCGGAGUCUGGGGUCGCCAUCAUCAUCACGCGUGGUUUUCCCCCGAUGUUCAACCAGUGACGAUAUCCGCAGGCAUUAGUCUCUCUCCACAGAGGAGCCAUGUACAACGGCAUUGGCCUGACCACGCCACGAGGCAGCGGCACCAACGGCUAUGUGCAGCGCAACCUGUCGAGUGUGCGGGCAAAGCGUCCACGGGACGAGCGCGGCGGCGAGCGAGACGAGAAGGACCGUGAGAGGCUGGAGAGCCAGCUGAACCGUCAGCCCAACGCCGAGAUCCUGGAACACCAGAGAAAGAGGCAACUGGAGGUCAAGUGUGCAGAGCUGCAGGACAUGAUGGAAGAGCAGGGGUAUUCCGCUGAGGAAAUUGAAGAGAAGGUGAACAGCUUCCGCAUGAUGCUGCAGGAGAAGCAGGAGCCGCCUUCGGCCCCCACCGAGAGACCAUUGGCGACAGAGACUCACGCCCUGGCUGCAGCCAAUCAGCAGAAGAACGACCGGCUGAAGGAGGCGUUCGGCAUCGCGACAGACUACGUAGAUGGCUCCUCCUUCCAUCCGGAGCGCAAGGAGCGAGAGAAGGAGAAGAGGGAGCAGGAGAGGCUGGAGAGGGAGAAGCAACAGCAUCAGAAAUAUGCGCUGGUAGAAGAGUCAGAGGACUCUGACUCCCCGGCCCGAAAACAGAGCCGCAAGAAGAAAAGGAAGAAAAACAAGAACAGAGACAGCUCAGAGAGCCCUUCCCCCUCUCCUAGACGGGUGAAAAAAACGAGAAAGAAGAAGAAGAAAAGGGAUGGGUCGGAAGAAAAGGAUGACAAAGAUAGCUCCUCAGACGAGAAGCAGGCAUCUAAGAAAAAACGCAAGAGAAGUGAAAAUGAGACUCCACCCCAGAGUAAGACACGGCGCCAUAGGAGUGGGUCCUCCAGCUCUGCUCACAGCCAAUCCCCUGCCCCGCUGAGAGAGAGGCAGAAGAACCAGCCUGUCAAGAGAGCAGAGGGGAGAAAGGGGCUAUCUCCUGACAGGAGGGGGCGUGGUCGCGAGGACGGGAGUCCACAGCGUUCGGGAGGCAGAGCGAGAUCUCCCAGGUAUCCCAGCUCCCCUGAACGCCGACCGAGGGCAGACAAGGAACGGGAGAAGGAGCGACUGAAGGACAAAGAGAAAGGAAGAGAGAAGGAGCGUGAGAAAGUGAAGCCUACCAGAACGAGACACGACUCCUCUUCCCCCUCUCCUCCUCGACUGGAACGAGAGAAAGGCAGGCGCUCCAGAAGUGGAGAGAGGGAGAGAGGAAAGGAGAGAACAAUGCUGCAGAGGAGCAGACACGACUCUUCUUCAUCCCCCUCUCCACCCCCGAAACAACUGGACACCAGGAAACAGAGGAGCGGAAAGGACAAACCACAAAGACGAGACUCCUCGUCUCCCUCUCCAGAAAGAGAGGGAGCAAGGAGAGGAAGGAGCGGAGAGGGGGAGCGAGGAAAGGAAAGAAAUGCCCGAGCCCCAGCUGACAGAGAGAGGGGGAGGGAGAAAGAAGGAUCUCCCCCUAGUCGGAAAAGUGAUGGCGGGAGAGGUAGAAACUCAUCCCGCGACUCCACAUCCCCUGUCCCUCAGUCACCUCUCACCAAUGGACGACAGAAAGAAAGGGAGCACGAGGGAAGGAGAGGGAAAGAGAGGAAACCGGAGGAGAGGGGGAAAGAGAGGAAACCGGAGGAGAGGGGGAAAGAGAGGAAACCGGAGGAGAGGGGGAAAGAGAGGAAACCGGAGGAGAGGGGGAAAGAGAGGAAACCGGAGGAGAGGGGGAAAGAGAGGGAGAGGGAAUUGAGCAAAGAGAGGGAGAAACAAGAGGAGCAGAGGAAGCGGGAGAUCGAAAGGGAAAAAGAGAGGGAGCGAAACCGAGAUGGAGGGAGAGAGCGCGAGAGGUCCGGCAGACUGUCUUCUACCCAACAGCCAUCUACCUGUUUGACUGAAGACCUCCGUGCAGAGGGUGAGGGGGAGAGGAGGGACAGAGAGAGGGGGGCAGGAGAGAAGGAGAGAAAAAGACAAGCAGAGGAGGACGACAGGCGGGAGAACCGAGACCGAAGCCUGCAGGAAAAGGAGCGAGAGAAGGAGUUGAAGGCAAAGGAAAGAGAGAAGGAGUUGAAGGCAAAGGAAAGAGAGAAGGAGUUGAAGGCAAAGGAAAGAGAGAAGGAGUUGAAGGCAAAGGAAAGAGAGAAGGAGUUGAAGGCAAAGGAAAGAGAGAAGGAGAAAGUGAAUGAGAGCAGCAGUAGCAGCGGGAGUGACAGUGACAGCUCUUCCUCAUCCUCCGACUCAUCAUCAUCAUCAUCAUCAUCAUCAUCCUCCUCUUCUUCCUCGUCCUCCGAGGGAGAGAAGAAAAAGGGAACCGUGGUGAAGAGCAGCCCAGUGAAAAAAGCCCUCCCCGCUCUCAUCUCCCCUCCCACUGUAGGUGCUGCCUUCCAGGGGUAUCUGGCCAAUGGGGGCAGAGAGAGCGCUUCAGAGAGUGACGGACAGAGAGCUACCGGGAGAGAGAAGGAACGUGAGAGAACAGGAGGGGACAGGUUCAUGCUCUCUGAAAGGGAAAACCCGCCUCCUGCUCCCCAAAAAGCUCCUGUUUCCCAACUCCCCUCUGCUGCAGAGCGCUACCCCCUCACAGACAGAGAGAAGGAGCGAGGGAAGGGACAGGAGAGGUACAGCCCCACCGAGGUAGAGAGCUCCAGCCCUCCACCCUCUCCUCCCAGAAGAGGAGCACCCCAAGGCGGAGGCGAGAGGUACUCCCCCACUGAAGUGGAAAGAGAGAAGGAGCGAGAGAAGGAGAGAGAGGGAGGGGUGAAGAGCCAGGCCAGGAGGGCAGAGCAGUACAGCCCCUCUGAGCAGGAGAGAGAGUGGGAGAGGAGGAGGGCGCCCUCCCCAAAAGCGCCCGCAGCAGCAGUUGUCCCGCGGCCCUCUCCCCCUCGCCGCACCCCCCCACGGCAGUACCAGGACCCCCCCACUUGCUCCCCCAGCCCCCGACGACAAGCCGCCACCCGGAGAGCCUCCCCUCCGUCCCGCUCCCCGACUCGCCACUACGCCCCACGGCGGAGCCGCAGCCGGGAGGCAGAGCACAACCGAGAGAGGCAGAGAGCGAGGGAUAGAGGGAGGGACCGUUCCAGAGACAGAGGAGCCAGAAGGAGCAGGUCGAGGAGUCCCAGAAGACGCAGUCCCUUCUACAGGUCCCGGCGAUCCCCCUCUCCCGUUCGACAAAGGAGAAGCAGUCACUCGCUAUCCAGAGAAAGGCAGAGACACCAGGAAAGAGAGAAGAAUAGAGAGCUGGAGAGAGCGAGGGAAAAAGAGCGGCAACGUGAAAAAGAGCAAGAGAGGCGAGAGCGCCAACCUCUUAAAGAGGUCCCCCCACCCCGUCGCUCACCCUCUUCAUCUUCUCGUUCUUCUUCUUCCUCAUCCCCAUCCCCCUCUCCGGCCCGAGAGAGAAAGGAGCCGCCUGUAGAAAAGGUGAUGAAACCAGCGGUAGAGAAAGACCGAAGAGGUGAUAGAGAGGAGCGAGAGAAAGGGGAAGACAGAGGAAGGAAGGCUUGUUCCAUCUCCUCACCGCUCCCCUCCAAGGAGACCAGUCCCCUUCCCAGCCAAUCAGAAAUCAGAGCCCACCCCAAAGAAACACGGCACUCUGACCCGCCCCGCUCCAGGUCGCCACAGGCCCUCAGCCUACGAGAUACCUCGAGGACCCAAUCACCUGCGGUGCUCCCCUCAAAAGGCUCUGCCCACCCCACAGACCGACCAGUCAGGACUGAAAACGGUGUGAGCGAGAAGGGGGUCAAAGAGAAAAAGAAAGGAAAGAUGGGCAGCCCCAGCUCAUCAUCAUCAUCUUCCUCCUCCUCGUCAUCUUCCUCUUCAUCUUCAUCAGACAGUUCUGACUCUGAUGCAGAGCAAGGAAAAGCAGGUGCCAGGAUAGCGGCUGCCCAUAGCUCUUCCUCCUCCUCCUCAUCCUCUUCUGAAAGCGAGAAGGAAGACAAGAAAAAGAGCCCGGCGCGACCUCACAGAGUGCCAGCUGAUUCGCUGAGAGACUCGCGCUCCCUCAGCUACUCUCCACCCAGACAGAGGCGACCUGCACAUUCCCCACCCACCCGCAGGAGUGGCAGCAGGCAGUCCCCAAGCCGAUCUCCAAGCAGUCGGAGAGGAAAAUGACCCUUCACUCUGAAAUGUAACUAACUUUCCCUCCCCCUCAAUCCUCAGAUUUUUCCUAAACACUUCUGGGCUGGUUUGAACUGGAACUGUACCAUUGGAUAUUAUAGGGAGGGGGAAGUUAAGGACAUUUGAUCUGUGAAUGACCGAGUGAAUUAAGCAUUGUUGUUGAUUCUGUGGCAUGAGGAUAGCACCACAGGAAGAGAGAGGCAGAAUUUGAAACCCAACAGAGGCCAAGAGGUCUGCUUUUAGUCAAGGGGUUUCUGUACAUUUUGUUUUAUGCUGUACUGUAAGGAAGAAAUGUAACUGUAAAUGGUAGGUGAGAGUCCGUGAUAGGAAAGUAACCUCUGUGCAGACCCAUACAGACUGGAGUGAAGCAUUCCAGUAUCAAAACACACACACACGCACACACAGUCCUAUUAAAUUAUCUCACAACAACAAAGUAAAGUUCACUGCGCUUUUUCUGCCCCUCUGUAUUUGCGCAUUCUACAUGUAGAUAUGACUCAUCUGUAUUUUGGUUAUCGCCGAAUGGAUUACGUGCUGUUUCCAUAUAUGUUGACUAGAAACUGCAACUCUUGGUUUGUUUCUCUUUGUGAAAAUAAAAAGUUGUAUCUUCA